CGGCGCGCGCUGCGUGCUUUCUCUUCGCUGUUGAGGCGUCAGCGGCUGCUUCCAGGUUCUGUCGUCAGCCCAGCGGAGCCAUCCCCAGAGCCUCCGCCCCAGGUCGUGUGGUCUUCGAUAAAAGGUGCGUGCGUCCGUGGUUCUAGCCCGCCGCCUGGACCUCGCCUCCCGUUCAGCUCCUCGUUUUCUUUGGAUGAACUUGCGUCCUUUCUCUUCUCCGCCAUGGAAUUCUGCUCCGUGUUGCUAGCCCUCCAGAGCCAAAGAAACCCCAGACAACAGAUGCCCAUACGCAGCGUAUAGCAGUAACUCCCCAGCUCGGUUUCUGUGCCGUAGUUUACAGUAUUUAAUUUUAUAUAAUAUAUAUUAUUUAUUAUAGCAUUUUUGAUACCUCAUAUUCUGUUUACACAUCUUGAACGCCGCUCAGUAAUUCUCUGAUUCAUUCAAGAACCACUACUCUAGAGAAUGGCAACGACCGUGGCACCGCUCAUUACCACUGCUAUUGCUGCUACUGCCGCUUCUGGUCCGUUGGUGGACUACCUAUGGAUGCUCAUCCUGGGUUUUAUUAUUGCGUUCGUCCUGGCAUUCUCCGUGGGAGCCAAUGAUGUAGCAAAUUCGUUUGGUACAGCCGUGGGAUCAGGUGUAGUGACCCUCAAGCAAGCCUGCAUCUUAGCUAGUAUCUUUGAAACAGUGGGCUCUGUCCUCCUGGGGGCCAAAGUGAGCGAGACGAUCAGGAAGGGCUUGAUUGACGUGGAGAUGUACAACUCGACCCAAAAGCUGUUGAUGGCCGGCUCCGUCAGUGCGAUGUUUGGUUCUGCGGUGUGGCAACUAGUGGCUUCCUUCUUGAAGCUGCCCAUUUCUGGAACCCAUUGUAUCGUCGGUGCAACCAUUGGUUUCUCCUUGGUGGCAAAGGGGCAGGAAGGUGUCAAGUGGUCUGAACUGAUAAAAAUCGUGUUGUCUUGGUUCGUCUCUCCUCUGCUUUCUGGUAUUAUGUCUGGGAUUUUAUUCUUCCUGGUUCGUGCAUUCAUCCUCCGUAAGGCAGAUCCCGUUCCAAAUGGGUUGCGAGCUUUGCCAGUGUUCUAUGCCUGCACGAUUGGAAUCAACCUCUUUUCCAUCAUGUACACUGGAGCACCAUUGCUGGGCUUUGACAAACUUCCUCUGUGGGGUACCAUCCUCAUCUCGGUGGGCUGUGCAGUUUUCUGUGCCCUUAUCGUCUGGUUCUUUGUAUGUCCCAGGAUGAAGAGAAAAAUCGAACGAGAAAUCAAGUCUAGUCCUUCUGAAAGCCCCUUAAUGGAGAAAAAGAAUAGCUUGAAAGAAGACCAUGAAGAAACAAAGUUGUCACUCAGUGACAUCGAAACAAGGAAUCCUGUGUCGGAGGUGGGCUCAGCCACCGUGCCCCUCAGGGCUGUGGUGGAGGAGAGAACAGUCUCAUUCAAACUUGGAGACCUGGAAGAAGCUCCCGAGCGAGAGAGGCUUCCCAGCGUGGACCUGAAAGAGGAGACCAGCAUCGAAGGCUCUAUGAACGGUGCUGUGCAGUUGCCAAAUGGGAACCUCGUUCAGUUCAGUCAAGCUGUCAGUAACCAGAUUAACUCCAGCGGCCAUUACCAGUAUCACACCGUGCACAAAGACUCCGGCUUGUACAAAGAGCUCCUCCAUAAGUUACAUCUCGCCAAGGUGGGGGACUGCAUGGGAGACUCUGCUGACAAGCCCUUGAGGCGCAAUAAUAGCUACACUUCCUAUACCAUGGCAAUCUGCGGCAUGCCUCUGGAUUCCUUCCGCGCCAAAGAAGGCGAACAGAAGGGUGAAGAGAUGGAGAAGCUGACGUGGCCUAACGCAGACAGCAAGAAGCGAAUUCGAAUGGACAGCUACACCAGUUACUGCAAUGCUGUGUCUGACAUUCACUCGGCGUCGGAAGUGGACAUGAGUGUCAAGGCAGAGAUGGGUCUGGGCGACAGGAAAGGGAGCACUAGCUCCCUGGAAGAAUGGUGCGACCAGGACAAGCCAGAAGUGUCUCUCCUCUUCCAGUUCCUGCAGAUCCUCACAGCCUGCUUUGGGUCCUUCGCCCAUGGUGGCAAUGACGUCAGCAAUGCCAUUGGUCCUCUGGUUGCUUUGUAUCUGGUUUAUGACACCGGUGAUGUUUCCUCAAAAGUAGCAACGCCAAUAUGGCUUCUGCUCUAUGGUGGUGUUGGUAUCUGUAUUGGUCUCUGGGUGUGGGGAAGGAGAGUCAUCCAGACCAUGGGGAAGGAUCUGACACCCAUCACGCCCUCUAGCGGCUUCAGUAUUGAGCUGGCAUCUGCCCUCACUGUAGUAAUUGCGUCGAAUAUUGGUCUUCCCAUCAGCACGACACAUUGUAAAGUGGGCUCUGUUGUAUCCGUUGGCUGGCUCCGAUCCAAAAAGGCUGUCGAUUGGCGACUCUUCCGCAACAUUUUUAUGGCCUGGUUCGUCACAGUCCCCAUUUCGGGUGUUAUCAGUGCUGCCAUCAUGGCAGUCUUCAAAUACAUCAUCCUCUGAGCGUGAGGCUGUGUGUGAUGGAAAUUCAGGUCAAUGUUUGGGACCACCUGACAUAUUUCCUGCUCCUUUGAAGAGGGACUGCAGUGUUACCGAAGACUGACAAAAGAAUCUCUUUCAAGAUCGGGAGCUGUGGGAGGGAAGCUCUACUUGUGCUGUAACUGCUUUCGUGCUAAAUGCGAUUUGUCUCAAAAUUAGCUGUGUAAAAUAGCCAGGUUUCCACUGAUUCCUCUUGAGGUCCCUUUUCCCUCUGGGCUGUGAAUUCCUGUAUAUAUUUCUCUACUUUUUUGUAUCAGGCUUCAGUUCCAUUAUGUUUUAAUGUUGUCUCUGAAGAUAACGUGAUUUCUUUCUUUUUUUUUAAACAACCAUCCAGAGCCAUUUGACAGAGUGUGCUCUGCUUUAUUGGUUUCACCAGCUUCUGCCCUAACAUGCACAGGGACUUAACAAGAAUCACCGUAACCCAAGCUUCCCUAGUAGUCUUAGAGAAAUAGUUACUUGUACCCUGCCCACCAGUUGGCAGUGGCGGAUUCUCUUGGCAUCUGUGGGAACUUCUCAUAGGGUCUUUGGACAUGGUGAAAAUUUAGGUUAGUAGUUCCUUCUUUGCAAGCAGUUCAUUGGCUAUUCUUGCUAAGAAGAAGUAGGAAGAAAAACCCUUCUGGCAGUCUUGGGUAUUUCUGUUAAGAUUUCUGACAGUGCAGGAUGGAUGAAUGCUGUGGAAUAUGAACUUCGGGCAAGUUAGAAUGGGCCAGCCUUCCAUGUUCAUCUGUCUACCUCUUAAUAAAUAAAAAGCCUACC